AAUCACCUGAAGUGAUGUAUUUCCUUAAUGGUGUGUGUGUGUGUGUGUGUGUGUGUGUGUGUGUGUGUGUGUGUGUGUGCGUGCGUGUCCAAGAAUAAGCCAUAAAUGCCUGAGUUUCGCUCAAAGGUCACUCUGAGUCUGUAUUAAAAAGUGAAGAGAGUGUGUGUUUGAGAAAGAGAGAGAGAUGCAGGUCCUCCUGUGUGUGUGUUUCAUCGCUGCAUUUGUCAGUAGUGCAGAUGGACAAGGGGGUGCAGAUGCAAUCUGUGAAAGUGUUGUAGACUUUGCUCCUUGCCCUGGAAGUACCUGGACUUGUGAUGUAGAAGUCAGUCAGUGCUUCUGCAAAUCAGGAACUCCUUAUUGCAGAUGUAACAGUUAUAUUGAUGAGUUUUAUCUCGGGAAGUCCUGCUCUCAGAAAUGGACCACACUGACCUUCAUCCUCGUAGCAACACUUCCUGGAGUCGUGCUGGCGUUAGUGAUUGGAGUCACAGUUCACAUCAUACACACAUGUUGUAAAUCCAACAAGAGCCACAGUGCAGGGCAUAACCUUAACCGUAUCCCUGGUCAGGAAAUGUUCCCUGGAGUCGUGGGAUUAAAUUCUUGUCCAGCUCCCGGCCCCACACCUAUGCAGGUGGGAGUUCCAAUGGCAUCCACUCGGCCGUACAGUGUGUCUGAUAACACACAGUUUGUUUCUGGGGAAGCACUGAUGGGAGCCCCUCACCCACAGUACAAUGCACCUAAAAGCACACACCCUGCUUUUGAAAGACCACCACAGGGGCCUCAGUACAGUCACCCCCCAUCACCACCCACUCCGGUACCUGAGCGACUCGGCCAGCAGCCCUACAGCUACACAGGGGGCGGAGCUCAGGUGCUCAGUAACCCGUAUGCGAGAGCGAGGAACCCGUACGAGGAACACAACACGUCUGCAGAACCCUACAGUCAUCACACUUCACAGUUCGCUUAUGAGGAGCAGAGAAUGGCUCCACCUCCUGGUGCUUCUGAAUAUCGCAGUGCACUUCCUCGAGCUCAAAUUGGCCGACCAUACUGACCGCCCACACACACUCCUCCUAAUCCUUCUCACACACACUCCUAAUCCUCCUCACACACACCUCCUAAUCCUCCUCACACACACACCU